UCUCACGGCGCUCGUCCCGGGUCCGGGCGGCUGCUGCGUGCCCCGGGCUCCGUAGCGGCCCGGCCCGAUGGCGCCUCAGCGGAGGAGCGCGCCUAAGGCAGCGGACGGCAGUGGGGCGACUGACCGCCGGCGCGCGGGCAGCGGGAAGAGUUUCCGGGCGCCGAGGGCAGCACAAAGGAAGUGGCUGAGAGCUGCAGUCCUGGGUGCCUGGGCCUCGCUCGCCGGGCUCUUGCUCUGGGGCAGUCUAGGGGGUGAUGACAGCAUCACUGAGGUCCUGGCUCACCGUGGUGAGGUCCUGCCAGGCAGGUUCGUCGAGGUGCCCUGCUCCGAGGACUACGACAGUCACCGAAGGUUCGAAGGCUGCUCCCCUAGGAAGUGUGGCCGGGGUGUCACCGACACCGUCAUCACCAGAGAUGAAGCCCAGCGGAUUCGCAGCAUAGCUGAGAAGGGGCUGUCGCUGGGAGGAUCCGAAGGAGGGGCGUCCAUCCUGGACCUGCACUCCGGGGCCCUGUCCGUGGGGAAGCACUUCGUGAACCUGUACAGAUACUUUGGGGAUAAAAUACAAACGGUCUUCGCCGAGGAGGACUUCCAGCUGUACCGGCACGUGCGGCAGAAGGUCCAGCUUGCGAUCGCCCAAGCUUUUGGCAUCAGUGCAUCCUCACUGUACCUGACGAAGCCCACCUUCUUCUCCCGCAUCAAUAGCACAGAGGCCCGGACGGCGCACGAUGAAUACUGGCGUGCUCACGUGGACAAGGUGACCUAUGGCUCCUUCGACUACACCUCAUUGCUGUACCUGUCCGACUACCUGGACGACUUUGGCGGGGGGCGCUUCGUGUUCAUGGACGAGGGGGCCAACAGGACGGUGGAGCCGAGAGCUGGCAAGUAUGAGGGGUGGUUAACCGUGGCAGACCAUGUCACCGCUGCGGCCCCGCACAUGCUCAUACUCAGAAUGCAGACAGAAGAACACAUGGGGAGAACGCUGAUGACCGUGCUGUCAGGCAGCUGCGUCUGGGAGGCCUCACCAGGCCCACUAAGUGGAGCCUCAGCCUGGACGGGGGAGGGUUCUUGAAUCUGAUCAAGAAAGAAUUCUCCACCUGGCUGGGUGAGUGCAGGUCGGGUGUCCUUCUUCACCUCAGGGUCUGAGAACCUGCACCGGGUGGAGAAGGUUCACUGGGGCACCCGCUAUGCUGUCACCAUCGCCUUCACCUGCAACCCCCACCAUGCCAUCGCAGACCCAGCGCUCACGU